ACACAUAUUUUUGCAUAUGUAUAUUUCGUAUCUCUUAGGCGUUUUGUCACCCACCGGUUAUUGCAGACCUUUUGAUGUAGCUGCAAAUGGUUAUUCGCGUGGUGAAACGGUGUCAGUGAUAUACCUUCAAAAGGCGAAGAAUGCGAAGAGGAUUUAUGCUAUAUGUCCGCAUAUUAAAUUAAACAGUGAUGGUUAUAAAGAAGAAGGAAUAACAUAUCCAUCGUCGUUUAUGCAAAGUACUUUACUAACAGAAUUUUACAAUGAAUGCGGAAUACCGACAUCUUGUUUGGAUUAUGUUGAAGCACAUGGUACCGCUACCAAAGCUGGCGAUCCC